UUGUGGCAGCGCAGAGGAACAGUUGCAAUUGUUGGCAAUAUGAUUGAUACAAAAAUUCUGCAGUUCUUGGCGUUGAUCGCAUUCAUAGUGGCUUGCAGCGAGGCGCAUUAUCCUUAUGGUCGCCAAUACUAUAACAACCACCAUGGCGGUUACAACACUCAAAAUGGCAAUUUCAAUAAUUACAACAACAACAAUAACAAUGGGUACAAUAACAACGUGAACAGCAAUUAUAACAACAUCAACAACAAUAACAAUUUAAACAGCAAUUACAAUCCCAAUAACCUUCAAAACAACAACAAUAAUAAUCAGAACAAUAACAACAACAGACGCAAUGCACACAACAACAAUCCGUUGUUGGCAAUAAAUUUGCCAAAAAUCUACUUGGGCGAUUUCGAGUAUAUGCCCACACCCGACGGUUAUCGCUACUCUUAUCAACUGGCCGAUGGUACACGGCGCACUGAGGUCGGCCAAAUACCCAACAUCGCCCCCAAUUCUGGUAUCUACAUGUCGGACGAGCGUGCCACAGCCGAACGUACGGCCUUACGCAUGCGUGCCAGAGCCAAUUCGAAGAAUCGUAAAUUAUCACCGAAAUCACUGCAAUCGCUGGCGGGCUGAUUGCUCGCGCUGCAUGGGUGCAGGGGCAGGGGCUACGGUGUAGAGGCAGCUAUUAUCUUUACUAGCGUGAAUCGUUCACUAACAGAGGUGUAGUAUAUGCGUACAAACCAUGCCAGGCGGUCGUGAUAGCGCGUUGCUGUGAGCGGUAGUAAUGGUCAGCACGUCAGUUAUCUUGACCUCUUGACAUUCUUUCGCGCGAUUUGUGCUAAAACAAUGCAAAAGUAUUUUUUCUAUCCACUUUUUGGAAUAAGUGUAUUUAAGUUUAUUCAUUUAACUUUGGCAUGUGAGCCUGAAAGUAUUUUUUGUGUAUGAGUGUUUUUUUUGUUGUGUGUGUUUGUAUUUUCAAUAUUUUAGUACCAUAAUCAUUUUUGUUGCUUUCGUUGUUGCUAAAUUUUUAGUGCUAUAAUUAGGUACGA